CCCUCAAGAUAUUUCCUCAGCAUUAAGGACACGUCACUGGAAGGAACAGCGAUUUAUCCGGCCUGUUUGAAUGAUAGCUCAUUAACGAAUCAGGAAUGAGAUAGUUUCCUGAGGGCCGACGCAAGACCAAUAAACACGUUGCAUAGCUUAGUUGGGUGGGAUUCAGCGGCACACAAGGUUGUGUGUGAGAAAAGUGUAUGUAACAGGAACGGAGUGGGUACUAAGGGAUAAGCUAAGUUAUCCCUCCCUGCUUGAAGAUGACGAAGUUGGGCUUCUUGCGGCUAUCCUAUGAAAAACAGGAUACGCUGCUGAAGCUGCUCAUCCUGUCUAUGGCUGCAAUCCUCUCCUUUUCCACCAGGCUUUUCUCUGUGUUGAGGUUUGAGAGUGUCAUCCAUGAGUUUGAUCCGUACUUCAACUACCGGACAACACGUUUCUUGGUAGAGGAGGGAUUCUACAACUUUCAUAACUGGUUUGAUGACCGGGCAUGGUACCCUCUGGGGAGGAUCAUCGGUGGCACCAUUUACCCAGGCCUGAUGAUCACAUCUGCUGCCCUGUACCACGUCCUGAACUUCUUCCACAUCACCAUCGACAUCCGUAACGUCUGUGUUUUCCUGGCUCCACUUUUCUCCUCCUUCACUGCCAUUGUCACCUACCACUUUACCAAGGAGCUCAAGGAUGCAGGUGCUGGGCUCUUGGCUGCCGCCAUGAUAGCAGUGGUACCUGGCUACAUUUCCCGUUCUGUUGCCGGCUCCUAUGACAAUGAAGGUAUUGCUAUAUUUUGCAUGCUGCUGACAUACUACAUGUGGAUCAGGGCAGUCAAUACAGGCUCCAUCUACUGGUCCUCCAUGUGUGCCCUGGCUUACUUUUAUAUGGUGUCCUCCUGGGGUGGCUAUGUGUUCCUGAUCAACCUCAUCCCCCUCCACGUGCUUGUCCUCAUGCUUACCGGCCGCUUCUCCCACCGUAUUUACGUGGCCUACUGUACUGUCUACUGCCUGGGAACCAUCCUUUCCAUGCAGAUCUCUUUCGUCGGCUUUCAGCCUGUGCAGUCGUCUGAGCACAUGGCAGCAUUCGGGGUGUUUGGCCUGUGUCAGAUCCAUGCCUUUGUGGACUACCUGCGCAGCAAGCUGAACACUCAACAGUUUGAGGUCCUCUUCAAGAGCGUAAUCUCCCUGGUGGGCUUCGUCCUGCUUUCUGUGGGCACCGUGCUCAUGCUGACCGGGAAGAUCUCCCCCUGGACGGGUCGUUUCUACUCGCUGCUGGACCCGUCCUAUGCCAAGAACAACAUCCCCAUCAUCGCCUCUGUGUCUGAGCACCAGCCCACCACCUGGUCCUCCUACUACUUUGACCUGCAGCUGCUUGUCUUCAUGUUCCCAGUGGGUCUGUAUUACUGCUUCAACAACUUGUCUGAUGCCAGGAUCUUCAUCAUUAUGUACGGAGUCACCAGCAUGUACUUCUCAGCUGUCAUGGUGCGUCUGAUGCUGGUCCUGGCCCCAGUCAUGUGCAUCCUGUCAGGCAUUGGUGUGUCCCAGGUCCUCACCACCUACAUGAAGAACCUGGAUAUCAGUCGGCCAGACAAGAAGAGCAAGAAGCAGCAGGACUCCACCUACCCCAUCAAGAACGAGGUGGCCAGCGGGAUGAUUCUGGUCAUGACCUUCUUCCUCAUCACCUACACCUUCCACUCCACCUGGGUGACCAGCGAGGCCUACUCCUCCCCCUCCAUCGUCCUGUCAGCCCGCGGCGGAGACGGCAGCCGCAUCAUCUUUGAUGACUUCAGAGAGGCCUACUACUGGCUCCGCCACAACACCCCAGAGGAUGCUAAAGUGAUGUCAUGGUGGGAUUACGGCUAUCAAAUAACAGCCAUGGCUAAUCGAACAAUUCUAGUGGACAACAACACAUGGAACAACACGCACAUCUCCAGAGUUGGCCAGGCUAUGGCGUCCACCGAGGAGAAGGCCUAUGAGAUUAUGCGAGAGCUGGAUGUCAGCUACGUCCUGGUCAUUUUUGGUGGACUGACGGGAUACUCCUCAGACGACAUUAACAAGUUUCUGUGGAUGGUGCGCAUUGGGGGCAGCACAGACACAGGGAAGCACAUCAAGGAGCAUGACUACUACACCCCCACUGGAGAGUUCCGUGUGGACCGUGAGGGCUCCCCUGUCCUUCUCAACUGCCUUAUGUACAAGAUGUGCUACUACCGCUUCGGCCAGGUCUACACAGAGGCCAAGCGUCCCCCUGGCUAUGAUCGAGUGAGAAAUGCUGAGAUCGGCAACAAGGACUUUGAGCUGGAUGUGCUGGAGGAGGCCUACACUACAGAGCACUGGCUGGUCAGGAUAUACAAGGUGAAAGACCUGGAUAACCGAGGGCUAUCACGGACGUAAAGCCCGCUGACCCAUCAGCGUUCAUAAACCCCUUUUAGCACUGAGAAAGCCUUCCCCUGUGGUCUGCAGAUGAGUGUGACAUUUUUUUUUUUUUUUAUAUUGUACUCUUGUUGGGAAUUGCAGAAUUUUUUUUUUUAAUUAUUUUUUUUACCAAUGUGGUGUUUCUCUCGUCUGGGAAUGGCAGGAGGUGGUGUUUAAUAAUGUCCAAUCAAAUGUCAAAUUAUUUCUGCAAUCAAUGGCCAAAAUAACAAUAUUGUCAGUCGGUGAGCUUUGAUUUUAAUAAUGUGGUCAAUAAAAGCGGGAUAAAUGUGACAGUCAU